AUGAGGGGGAAGAGGAAAAAUGACGGGAAAUACAAGAGCGAAAAGGAGUGCCUGGACGCCCAUGAACCAAACCCUCACGAGCCCAAGCCCCCCGUUCAGCCAGACACGCCUAAGCCCCCCGGACAACCCUCCGCUCAACCAGCUCCUCCUACGCCUAAGCCCCCCGUUCAGCCAGAACCUCACAUGCCUAAGCCUUCCGGACAAGCUGCGCUAUUGCCAUGGAUAGAUCAACCUACCAGGGACGAGGUCAAGGCAAGUGGAUGCUUCGAAAUGGCUACGGACGAGCGUUGUGGCACAGAGCUAUACUGCAACACUUACGAUCCUAAAAUAGGCGGGAAAAACGACGGGAAAUACUCGAGCACAAAGGAGUGCCUGGACGCCCAUAAACCAGAACCUCGAAAGCCCAAUUGA